AUGGUCAAAGGAAUUGCCAAAUAUGGCUUCAAAAGCGGAUUCCUUCCUCAUCCCAGACAAAUUCUCCCUAAGUUGAAAACAUCUUGGGAGAUAGAAGAGGAGGCUAAGCGUACAGUUGCAUUUGAGGAUCCGGCUAUGGCUCCGAAAGGUUCGUCACCGAACCCUCCACCAAGAAGGCAGGUAACUGCCUCCGAGAAGCUUUCCAAGUCGGCCAAACCACCGACAAAACCAAAGUCUUUAAAUACAGAACUUCAACAAUGGAAGGCUGAGCAGUCGUUAAUUCGACGGAAGUACUUUGUGGAUGCUAUUGAGGCGCAACAGACCAUGGAUAAAAAGGAACUUCAAAUAAGAGAACGCCAGUUUAGAGAAGCUGCGGAACGAAGACAGCAAAUAUCUACGGAGCACACUGAGUCUGAAGCUGAGCGAUUAACACUGCCUAGUAUUGACUCUGUUUUCAAUGAGCCCUUUGUAAUUCCUCGCACACCAGAGGAGACCGAAGAGCUGCGCUUAAAAAGAACUGCCAACCGUAAAACACUCGAACUCAGAAAUAGUGAACGCAAAGCCAGUAUAUUACUAGAGCUAUAUCAGAGUACUAGCAAUUAUGUCAUUACUGAAGAAGAUUUAGAUAAACUCGUUCAAAAGGAGUUUGUUACGAAUAAAGGAGAUCAAAGUAGAGAUCCCCGUGUACCUUAUGUUACGGGCUCUGACACUCGCCAAGAAUUUGCAUCCACAUUUGGUUCGAGUGUCUAUUAUGAUUCGUCUUCCCAGGCCAUUGAUAGCAUCAAGCAAGAGCUUUUAGGAACGACUAGCAGCAUGAAACCUGGUCUAGGAGAAGUUGAGGAUGCGCUAUCUGGGCGAACUCAGCAAUGGAAGGAGACUAGCCAUGACUCCCGAUAG